AUGCAUACCAGAUAUUGGACUGGUGUAAAAAUUUUUACUAAAAAUUUUCAUUCUUCCAGCGUCAGAUUUAAAGCUACAGUAAUUGACGGGAAAAGUAUUGCUAAUACUAUAUUAAAUGAGCUACGCCAAGAGACUCAAGAAUGGGUUUUGAAAGGAAAUCGGGCUCCUUGCUUAGUAGCAGUAUUAGUUGGACAAAACCCAGCUAGUAAAAUUUAUGUGUCAAAUAAAAUGAAAGCUGCUAAAGUUGUUGGUAUCGAAACAAAAACUAUGAAGUUCAGUGCAUCAACAAGUGAAAAUGAGCUACUUGCAUGUAUUAAAAGUUUAAAUAACGAUGAAAAUGUUGAUGGAAUUCUAGUCCAGUUACCACUUCCUGAUCAUAUUACUGAACGAACUUUAUGCAAUGCUGUAACACCACACAAGGAUGUUGAUGGUUUUAACAUUGUUAAUAUUGGUAGAUUUUGUUUAGACAUGCAAUGUUUGGGACCAUGUACACCUUUGGGUGUUCAUGAAUUAAUUCGACGAACUGGAAUCCCUACUUUUGGUAAAAAUGCUGUUGUUUGUGGAAGAUCAAAAAAUGUUGGUAUGCCUAUUUCUAUGUUGCUCCAUGCAGAUAAUGCAGGUGAGACAUCAGCAAUGGAUGCAACAACAACAAUAUGCCAUAGAUAUACACCACCGGAUCAAUUAGCUUUAUUUACAAAAACAGCUGAUAUUAUUGUUUCAGCAGCAGGUGUUCCAAAUCUAAUUCGUGCUGAUAUGGUUAAACCAGGAGCAGCCAUCAUUGAUGUAGGAAUAACCAGGGUAGAGGAUCCAAAAACGUCCAAAUCGUAUCUAGUAGGUGAUGUUGACUUUGAAAAAGUGAAAGAAGUUGCAGGAUAUAUAACACCAGUACCCGGAGGAGUUGGUCCAAUGACAGUAGCAAUGUUAAUGCGUAAUACAAUUGCUGCUGCUAAAAAAACUGUGAUUUAUAACAUACUUGAUCCUGGUGCAGUAAUAUACAAAAAGGCAUCACAAUUAAAACCAUGAAUGCAAAUUUAAAUAAAAACAUUUUUAUUGAAUGAUAUUUCUUAUGUGAUUACGAUAAAUAAAUAAAAAUACAUUUUAA